CGGCAAAAACGACCGCAUCUGGAACUCCUUCAGCAAGCACGCACUCGAGGACCCUCCUCCUUCAUCACCUACUACUCCAACCCGUGGCUGCGCCUAGUCAGCGAAACCUGGCUCGGCCCGGCCUACCGCGUCACCGCGCAAGUCAAUGUCGUCAAGCCCGGCGGCGCCGCCCAGGACAGCCACCGCGACUACCACCUCGGCUUCCAGGACCUGCACACCUGCGCCGCCUUCCCGCGCAACAUCCAGCUGGCCAGCCAGCAUCUGACGCUCCAGGGCGCCGUCGCCCACAGCGACAUGCCGCUGCAGAGCGGGCCCACCCGCUUCCUGCCCUUCAGCCAGACCUACGAGCCGGGCUAUCUGGCCUGGCGCCGCGACGACUUCCGCGCCUUCUUCCAGGACAACUACACGGAGCCCGGCCCCGAUGGCGGGUUUCAUCGCAAGGCCAACUUGCUGCAGAUUAGUAGUGGGCUGGGCAAGGCCAUGGAGAGUAUUGAUACCGUGCCGCUGGUGGAGAAGUGCUGGGACGCGCUUGUGAAGACGUUCCAGGACGCUGGGGGCAGGUUGGAUGCUGGGCUGGAGAACUUCGUUCGCGCCGUUGCGGAUGGGUAUCCGUUUCCUACUAAUCUGGAUAGGAGGCCGCCGGCGCCGAAUGGUAUGGCGCCCGAGAGUGAGCAGGAGAUUAUUAUCAGGGGGUUGCGGGAGGGGUGGGGGACAGAGAGGGCGGUCGAGGAAUUGAGGAGGAUGCAGGCGGAUUCUUGUGCUUGA